AUGCAAGGCAGAUCGGUUACCAGUCUAGAGCACCUCAUCGAGUCAUCGAUGCACCAAGGCGUAGAGGCUGUUGCAGUCGUGACGUCCAUGAGCCUUCCUUGGCCCUUUAGAGGAUGGCGUCCACGCAGCGUGCGACUUCCAGGCGAGGAUGUUCAUCGGACUUGCAUGGUGACCAAUUGUCUGCCAGUGUGCAGCCGGGACCAGGUAGCCGAUCUGCGACCCCACUCUCUGGCCAGCCAUCUCUUCCGGAGCUUCAUCGUCCGUGCCAGCCUUGACCCAGGCGGCAUCGUGGAACAACACAAAACUCAUUUCCUCGAGGGGAAUGCAAGAGAGAUCUUGACACCUCUCCUUGUGGCCCUUCACCUUCCGUGGCGUUCUUCAUGUCCAAGAAGCUGGGGGAGUGUUGGGCUGACUGGGUGGCGUUGGCUGCACAUCCUUGGCCCGUCAUCUCGCACACCUCGCGGCAGAUCGGUGCUCCUUUCUUGUUCGGGUUCGGAGUCGUUCCACGUGCUUCAGGCACUCAUGUAA